AUGCAGAAAGCCAGUAAGAGGAGGCGUCUUCAACCUCCAGAGUCAGUGGCCGAUUCUCACUCCAAUAAACCUCGGCCGAAAUCGGCCACAGCUAUAAAUGGCGCAACCAAGGACCCGUACCCGGCUCAUGCUUCGCCCACUUCGGAUCAAUGUCUAUCCCUAAGAGACGAUCUCUUGAAUCUCCAUGGUUUUCCCCGGGAGUUCGUCAAGUAUCGGAAGGAGCGACAGAGGAGGCCGAGCGAGUGCUGCUCCGUCGCGGGCGGCGGCGGUGAGCCCCACGAUGAUGUGAAAUCGGAGCUCGUCGAUGAGAAGGAGAGCGUUUUGGAUGGGUUAGUGAGGACUGUGCUCUCGCAGAAUACUACGGAGGCCAAUUCUGAGAGGGCUUUUGCUUCUCUCAAGUCUGCUUUCGCUACCUGGGAGGAUGUUCUUUCGGCUGAAUCCAAAUGCAUAGAGGAUGCCAUAAGAUGUGGAGGAUUAGCAUCCACAAAAGCCUCUUGCAUUAAAAACGUAUUGAGUUCUCUGUCAAAAAGAAGAGGCAAAUUAUGCAUGGAGUACUUGCACAACUUAUCCAUCGAUGAAAUAAAGGCAGAACUGUCCACUUUCAAAGGAAUUGGUCCCAAAACGGUGGCCUGUGUUCUGAUGUUCAAUCUUCAGCAAGAUGAUUUUCCAGUAGAUACCCAUGUCUUCGAGAUCGCGAAGUUUAUCGGUUGGGUCCCAGACGAGGCGGAUAGGAACAAAGCUUAUCUUCAUCUCAACCAAAGGAUUCCAAAUCAUCUCAAGUUUGAUCUCAACUGCCUUCUUUACACUCAUGGAAAGCUCUGUUCGAAAUGUACGAGGAGAACGGGCGCCCGACAAAGAAAGGGAUUGGAGGAUCAGUCUUGUCCCUUGUUGAAGUACUCCAAGAACCCUGCUUAAAUCUGUAAUGUAAAUGUAUUAACAAAAGUUUAUUUGUGAAAUCCUCUAAUCCUUUUUGUCAUCCUGUUUGUCUCUUAAAAAGUAGCAUAUCAUAUGCUAGAUUAAGAGCUAAUUGACUUUGAAAGCCAGAUUAAAAAAAACACUAGUAAGCGCUUCUAUAAUAUAUAUAUCCUUUUACUCUCAAAA